AUGCACCUGCGUGACCCCGCCAGCGAUGGUUUCAUCGGCACGCAGGUGUCCCUCUCGCUGGACGCAACGGUCGCCGACCUGCAGCAGCAGAUACAGGAGUCCCAUGACCUGCUCGCGCGGCAGCAGAAGGUCAUCAGCUCGGGCAAGACCCUGUCCGCCAAGCCGUCGCAGACCCUGCGCGCCGCAGGCCUCAAAGACGGCGCCAAGGUCAUGAUCAUGGCUACAGCAGGCACACACGCCGCAGCACAGACGGCGGGCAAGCGGAUGGCACAGAGUGCUGCGGAUGCGAAGAAGGCCGAAGAGGCGAAACGACGCAUCGAGGCGAUCCGCGCGGGACGCGACCCUGACGCGGUGCGUGGGGACAUCGAUGCACAGCCGAAGAAACCGCCAGUGUCCAGCCUGCCGCAGCGCGUCCCGACGUGGGCCGCUACUGGCAUCGUCGGGCUGCGCGAGCUCGCCCUCGCCGAGCUGCCGGAGGUGUGUCUGCAAGUCGGGGCCAGGGCGCGCGUCCUCGACCUGGGACGGAACCGCCUCGCGGGGCUGCCGACGUCCAUCGGUGCCCUGUCGGGUCUCCUGCGGCUCAACCUGGGACACAACCAGGUGACGGCGCGGGGCGUGGGGCCCGCGCUCGCGGCGGUGCCGCUCCUGGAAGUGCUCUACUUGAACGACAACAAGCUGAGUGAAGUUCCCGGCGAGAUAGGAUCCCUCAAACAUCUGACCAAGCUCAAUCUCAGCAACAACGAGAUCGCCGGCGGGGUGGAGGCGCUGGCGGCCUGCACAGCGCUCGACACGCUCUCGCUCGCCUCGAACAAGCUCGCCGCGAUCCCCCCCGAACUCGCCGCCUGCACGGCUCUCAAGGACAUGGAGCUGCCGCGCAACAGGAUCCGCGAGAUCCCCGUGGAGCUCGCAGCCCUGCAGCAGCUCCAGAUCCUGGACCUGCACAACAACCUGGUGGAGACGGUGCCCGCGGCGGUGUUCCGCGGGUGCGUCGCGCUGCACACGCUCAGCCUGCACGGCAACCCGAUCACCGUGGACAAGCUCCGCGAGCUCGACGGGUUCGCGGAGAUGGAGGCGCGCAGGCGCAGCAAGGUGGACAAGCAGAUCGACCGGCGGGUGAUGCUCAACACGGGGCAGUUCGACGAGGGCGCGGACUUCCAGCGCUGGGUCCGGCCGAACAAGGACGGCAAGAAGUUCGGCGACGUCGAGUAA